UUAAGGUUGAAAGCUUUCCGGUAUAGUAUCGCAAAAAUCGGAAGUAAGUUUUCGAAAGUUGAGAUCGGUCUCCGAAGUUGCGUGAUCAGCCACAUGCAAAUGAAGGUGACGGUUCACUUACCAUUAUAGUAUCUUGGAUACAGAUGAAGUGUUUUUCUGUUAAGGGAACUCUAAAGUAAUCCUUUGUUUACCAAAAGCCGCCAUACGGAGCCUUGAUGACAAAAUAAUGUGAACUAAUGUCUUCUCAUGGUUCUGAGAAGUUAACAGCAACGUAGAAUGGCUAGUUCAGUAAAGCAGCAAGGAACAUCUGUUACGUGUGAAAGUCUUAUAAAGACACGGCGUUUAAAUGAAACUGAAUCCUUCCUUUUAGAGGAAAGACUUAAAGUAUUGGAUUGUAAAAAAAAACAAAAGAAUGCCGAGUACAGAGUGGAGAAAUAUUCGCUUCAGAAGCAGAUUGAAGAAAUACGAAAUGUACGGAAAAAACCAGAAAUAAGCACGGAAAGAAGAAAGCUCCUGCGUGCUCAAGGAUACACUAUCGACGGUCGCGCUGCUUCGGGAAGUUCGGAAGACAAGCCAGUUGCUUACAAGAGAUUUUCGAUGCCUGAUUUGAACGGUAGAGAUUCUCCUGGCCAUAGACGCUCUAGAGGUUUGAGUUUGCAUCACAGCGAACCUACUAUGAAGACAUUUUCUCAACUGACUCUUCAAGAUGGAGGAGAAAAAGAAAAAGAAAGUACGGCUGUAAACAAAGAACAACAAAGCGAUCCUGCUGGUAUGGCGCCAGCCAGAGCGAGGCAUCAGUUCCGUGUUAUUGAACCUCCAUGUCGACCUGGAUCGCGACGAAACUUCAUCCAGUUGUCAAACGAGAAACUAAAGAAAUUGAAAGAGAAAGAAGACAAAAAAUCGAAAGAGAUUUUACUUGACCCAAGUCUAAAGUUAGAUCAUAGGGGUGUGAUUGUUUCCCCUGGACUGGUAAAAUCUUUGCGCGAUACAUCACUAGCAGAAACGAUUAAAGGUCAUGAACAAGCAUUGCAUAAUUGGGAAGACAAAGAGAUUGAAGGAAGGCGUCAGAGGGAAAUGUCUUUUAACUCGGACACACAGGCUCAUACUGAAAUCUUUGAAGAUGACAACGCAAAAGAAUUAAAUUUCACAUGUCAAGUAGAUGACAGGAAAUUGAUAUCUAAGUCGUGCGAGAGCUUGGAUAGUAUAACGGAAGUUCGUGUUCCAGACAGCCCUUCAGAUUGUCACGACAAUAGCAUAUCAGAACCACGAAAUGUGACUGCGCCCAGCGGCUUUGAGGCACGUCAUGAUCACAUGGUAAUCACGAAUAGAGAGGUUGACAAAGUGUGUAAAUAUGCUAGCACCAGGCCUCCGGCGCGGUUGGCAUUUGUUGAAACACCAGAUGCACCUCCGGAUGAAAAUAAACGGAGUAGUUUUAAUUCUGAGAUUGAAUUGCGACAACCGACAGUGCAUGGCUUGCAGCACAGUCACAGUGUAAAUAACACAGAUAUAGAGCCAUCCCACAGCGCUAUUGGAAGUUUUUCUGAAUCUACGUUCACCGAAAUGAAACAAUCCUCCCACGUAAAAUUGGUAGAGGGACAGAGAAAGAGAAGAGUAACUUUACCUCCAGGGAAAUUCCACACCGUGUCAAGUCAAAAUGAUGUCGCUCUAAACCGAAAUGCAAGCAAAAGAGAGUCUCGAAGACUAAGCGUAGCUUCGCCAGGCACGAACGUUCACAAGUCUACAGAGUCCGUAUUUGCUUGGCAGUCCGAACGAAAUACUCGAGGAGACACGGUGUCAUACGCGUAGGAUGCGCGGCCGAAUCGGUCACUUUGCAAAGGAUAUGUUACAAUGCAGAUGACCGUUAAAGGGAAGCAAGUCAAAGUACACAUUCCAAAAUUUCCGAACGACUCCGAAUCCGAGCCAACUCUAGAUCAUGCUCGGAAAAAAAUAUCGAUUGCUCGGUUCCAACCAAGAACGCCGCACGAAAAGGCGAAAAAGUGAAAUCAAACGAAGGAGGUACAUUACCGGAGAGACGUGCAACGUAAUGAAAUUUAUUCUGUUUGUUUUUCUUUUGUCAGAUGUUGAAAAGUUUCUUUCAGCUUUAAGUAUUUAAGUCUAGUUGAAUAACUCAUUAAAUGGUGUUUGGAGAGAAUGCCAUAAAGUUUUUUUUUUUGUAUAUGUAUUUAACAAUUAUUCGCCGAAGGUGAGGUGAAUAUCGUCGAAUG